AUGGUUGAGGUCAUGGACGGUGGAAGUGGAAACGUGAAGCUUGGAAUUGGAACUGAUGGAGCAGUACGCGGAGUGUGGCUUUUGGAGAAUGGUGGAUUCGGCAAGAGGAGAACGGAUUAUCAGGGCUUGAGUUUGAGGGGGAAUAAAAGUGAAAUAGAAUCUGUGGCACACGGCCUCUUUAGGAAGAACAAUAACAAGGACUUCAGAACCGCUGCUUGUCGUAAUCGUCAACGAGGCCGUGCCUUCUCCGACAAGAAGGUCGAGGAAGCUGAGACCGGCCUGGGGACCCCGGAGGUAGAAGACGGCGGCGGCCACGGGAGGAAGUGA